UGCCAUUCACAGCGAUACAUAACUAUUGCACAUCUCUAAUUCCGUCUUUUUGGGUUUUCUUUCCUAUUCAAGAUGGUGAAUGUACCUAAGCAACGUCGCACCUUCUGCAAAAAGUGCAAGGUCCACAAGCUGCACAAGGUAACGCAGUACAAGAAGUCCAAGGAGCGUAAAGGUGCUCAGGGCAGAAGACGUUACGACAGAAAACAGCAGGGUUUCGGUGGUCAGACCAAGCCCAUCUUCAGGAAGAAGGCUAAGACCACCAAGAAAAUCGUGCUGCGUAUGGAGUGCACUGACUGCAAAUACCGCAAGCAGACACCCCUGAAACGUUGCAAGCACUUCGAGCUGGGCGGUGACAAGAAGCGCAAGGGACAGAUGAUUCAGUUCUAAGCUUCCAGGAUUUGUAAUCGCCAACUACGUUUUGAUAAUGAAGUGUUUUUAAGUUGUUUUCAUCGACUGCUUUUGCCUUGUCCGGCAACAAGUGAGAAAAUAAAACAAAUUGUAGACGUAA